AUGUUCCAGCCACGGAUUCUCUCUUUUCUCUCAGUCGCGUUCUUUGUACUCUCGGCCAUCACCCAUGUCAAUGCUCUGCUGCGAUUCCCGUGCUCGCAGCUCGUGACGCAGCGAUUCGACCCAUUCAACUUGACGAUGGACCCCGAGCUUGAUCUCGGUAAACUUGCAACCUGCACCACUUGUCGCUUCAAAGAGGACAAAUCCAAUUACUGGACUGCCGUUCUGUACUUCAAGCAUCCAAAUGGCUCGUAUAUUCGAGUCCCUCAGAUGGCCAACCAUUACACUGGAGCACCGAAUGGAGGCAUGACGGUUUACUAUUUCCAGCCUCGUCCACCAACCAAGGACCUCAAGGUCGUCGCAUUCCGAAAGGGAUUCCGAAUGAUCGUCGGAGAUCCUAUGCGUCGACGAGAUGACCUGUCCCCCAGUGUCACCGCGCACAAGCAGCUUACCUUCCGUUGCUUCCAAGGGAACGCUCUCGGCGCUGGAACACCUGGCGUGGGCCCUGACGAUACUAUCGAUUUACCGAAGAGAUUCUGCUCAGGCGGGAUAAGGUCUAACAUCUACUUCCCCCAAUGCUGGGAUGGAAUGAACCUCGACAGCCCUGACCACGCGAGCCACGUCGCCCACCCUGUGGGCACUGCUUCCCCCGAAGGUCUACAGAUCUUUGGCACCGAUUGCCCGGCGAGCCACCCAGUCCGUCUUCCUCUCCUGUUCAUGGAAAUUGUAUGGGACACUCGACCGUUCAAUCAACCCGAACUCUGGCCAGAGGAAGGACAACAGCCUUUCAUUUUCAGCAUGGGCGAUCCGACUGGAUACGGCCAGCACGCUGACUACGUCUUUGGCUGGGAAGGCGAUUCGCUUCAGCGAGCCAUGGACGUAUGCACUGGGCAGGACGGACUCCCCGAGAACUGCAAGGAACUCACGCUGCAGAGCGAUGACGAAAUAAACCAAUGCGUACAACCCGUUAAGGUCCCUGAAGUUACUGAAGGCGAAUAUCUAAAGGAACUCCCGGGAUGCAAUCCGAUCCAAAGAGGACCCGAUCCGGCCACCAUGGUUCCCAACUGCAACGCGGUAUCGACGACAGUUUCGGGGCCCUUUUCCACUCCAGCUUCGGGAUGA